UUAUAACCUAUGGAUAGUGAUAGUUUCACUCAUAGUGGUGAAGCUAUGUCAUUUGAUCUAUCAAUGGAGCAAUCCAAAGUGUAAUGGAAAACUUCCUCCAGGCAAUGGGUUAUCCGAUCAUUGGAGAAACUAUUGAGUUCAUGAAGCAUCAUGACGCUCUUCAGUUUUCAACAUUCCUCAAGAAGAGAGUCCUCAGACAUGGACCGGUUUUUCGGACAAGCUUAUUCGGAGGCAAAGUUAUAAUCUCAAUGGAUAAUGAAUUGAAUAUGGAGAUGGCAAAGACAAAUCGUACUCCUGGUAUCACAAAGAGCAUAGCAAGGCUAUUUGGAGAAGACAACAACUUGUUUUUACAGAGCACAGAGUCCCAUAAACAUGUCCGGAACUUGACAAUCCAAAUGUUGGGUUCACAAAGUUUAAAAUUGAGGAUAAUGGAAAACAUUGAUCUCUUGGCUCGCACACACAUGGAAGAAGGAUCUAGGAAUGGCUCACUUGACGUCAAGGAAACAACAAGCAAAAUCUUAAUUGAAUGCCUUGCAAAUAAAGUUAUGGGCGAGAUGGAACCAGAGGCGGCGAAAAAACUCGCCAUAUGUUGGAGAUAUUUUCCGAGUGGCUGGUUUCGGCUCCCUUUCAACUUUCCUGGGUCAGGUGUCUAUAAUAUGAUGAAGGCGAGAAAAAGGAUGAAGAAGUUGCUAAAGGAGGAAGUGUUGAAGAAGAGAGAAGCCGGAGAGGAGUUUGGGGAGUUCUUUAAGACCAUAUUUGGAGAAAUAGAAGGAGAAAAGGAAACAAUGAGCAUGGAGAAUUUGAUUGAGUACAUAUAUACCUUCUUUGUGAUUGCUAAUGAAACAACGCCACGGAUUCUUGCGGCGACCGUGAAGCUCAUAAGUGAAAAUCCUAAAGUCAAGCAAGAGCUUCAGAGAGAGCAUGCAAUAAUUUUUGGAAAUAAGUCUGAGAAUGAGAGUGGCCUAACAUGGGAAGACUAUAAAUCGAUGACGUUCACCAAUAUGGUGAUCAAUGAGUCUCUUAGGAUCUCAACCACAGUGCCUGUAAUUCUUAGAAAACCUGAUCAUGACAUUGAAGUCGGUGAUUAUACAAUUCCAGCGGGUUGGAACUUCAUGGGCUAUCCUAGUGCCCAUUUCGAUCCAAAAAAGUACGAGGAUCCUUUAGUAUUUAAUCCGUGGCGUUGGAAGGGAAAAGACUUGGACGCGAUAGUCUCCAAGAAUUACAUUCCCUUUGGAGCUGGUCCUAGACUUUGUGUUGGGGCUUACUUUGCUAAGCUGUUGAUGGCCAUUUUUCUACACCAUUUGUGUAGAUAUAGGUGGUCAAUGAAAGCAGAGGUCACAGUAACUCGAAGCUAUAUGCUUAUGUUUCCUCGUGGAUGUGAUGUUCAAUUCUCAAAAGACACCCACGUACAUGAUUCGGAUGGGUAUUAGAGUGGUUAUAUACCAUUUGAGGUCGUUGGUUAUAUAUAUUUAAAGGUCUUGUAAGAAGCAGUAGUAAUAUAGUUGUCUUUGUCUAAUGAAUAAAUAAAGUAAGAAAAGAACUUUGUAAGAAAUUAUGAAUACUACAAAAAAUUAUACUCUAUAUAUGUUGAGUUCCAAUU